AUGGCUCCAGUAUCUGGGUCAAACUAUUCCCAGGACACUCCGGGCUUUCGCAGACGACGCAGCUCGUCUGGGAGCCCACCAGCACCACCAUCAUCAUCGGUGCAGACCCAGUGUUUUCCUUGGAGUGCCAGUCCCUGCCCUCACUCCCCAAGCAGUGAGAACCUCCAGGAGACGACGUCUCGAGGUGGGAGGAGCGUCCACGCUUCUUCCCGGGUAGGCCGCACUGGGUGUGGAGAGAGGCCCUCGGGGCUCCGAGACUGCGCCUUCCCAUCUUCUUCCGAUUCUGUCUACUAUGGCGCCUACCGCCGCCACCACUACUAUGCUGGUGACCAGGCCGUCGACUACGAGAAGGAGAAGGAAGAGAGCUAUCGGCAAAGGAGGCUGAGAGAGAGAGAGAGGAUUGGAGAAUUGGGAGCGCCUGAGGUAUGGGGUUUGUCACCCAAGUUCCCGGAGCCAGAUUCCGAUGAACACACGCCCGUUGAAGAUGAAGGCAAGAAUCCAAGGAGCGUUAGUUCAGAUUCUUCCUCCAAAAACAAAAAGAAAAAGCUUAGCCGUUCAAAAAAGAAAAAGGCCCCCAAAAGAAAACACAGGAAGUAUUCUGAUGACAGUGAUUCGGACUCAGAGACUAACUCAAGUACUGAUUGUGAUAAAAAGAAAGUAAAAAAAGCCAAGAAGAAAGGGAAGAAAAAGAAACAUAAGGCAAAGAAAGCCAAGAAAAAGAAGAAGAGAAGCAAAAAAGAAACCGGCAAUACAAGUUGUAAAGCUUCUGAACAGGAAUUGUCAGAAGGCAUCUGGAUCGAACAGACAAACACUUCAGAUACAGUGAAUUUAAUAGGUCCAGAAGCACCUAUAAUACAUACCUGUCAAGAUGAGAAACCUUUGAAUUAUGGCCAUGCGCUGCUCCCAGGUGAAGGGGCAGCUAUGGCUGAGUAUGUAAAAGCUGGAAAGCGUAUCCCACGAAGAGGUGAAAUUGGGUUGACAAGUGAAGAGAUCGCCUCCUUUGAAUGCUCGGGUUAUGUUAUGAGUGGUAGCAGGCAUCGUAGAAUGGAGGCUGUACGACUUCGUAAAGAGAACCAGAUUUACAGUGCUGAUGAGAAAAGAGCACUUGCAUCCUUUAACCAAGAAGAGAGGAGAAAGAGAGAGAAUAAGAUCCUAGCCAGUUUCCGAGAGAUGGUAUACAGAAAGACAAAAGGAAAAGAUGACAAGUAA